AUGAGACCGCUCCUCUCCCGAAUAAUACCACUCCUCCUCCUCUCUAUCGUAAUCCUAAGCAUCCUCUUCGCUACCGUCUACCUCCCACAAGUUGCGCUACUCACUCUUUUCCACGGACCCCUAGCAUGGAUAAAUGCAGCGUUCAUGGCCCUAACCGAAGCCGCGACGCUGAUAACCUUUGUCGCAGAGAACUUCAUGACAGAAGGCCAGAUCGUGGAUACCUUUGACGCUGUGCUUAUACACGCGGCUGAGAAGUCUAACGAUGCAGAGUUUAGAGAGCGUAUUUAUGCCCUUGUACACACUGCUAGGGAUAUUCAUCUCGAGAGGGAGGGGGUCAUAGCGAAGUUGGGGGAGCAUAGGAAGAGUCCUUAUCUGAGGUUUUCGUGUAGGCUUACGAUGGAAUUUAUUUGCGAGCUCCCGUUGAAUUUCAUUCCGUUGGUUGGAACUCCGCUGUUUUUGAUGUUACAGGGCUACCAUCUCGGCCCACUAUCGCAUUACCGAUACAUUCAACUCAACGACUUACAUAAAAAAGAAAAGAAGAAAUUUAUUGACCUUAAUAGGUGGAGAUACUGGCUAUUUGGGCUGCCGCACGUCGGUCUGCAAGUUGUACCUGUAUUAAGUAUCCUAUUCCUGUUCACAAGCGCCGCGGGGGCAGGUUUGUGGGCUGUGGAGGAUCAGAAGAGGUUGUUUGAUGGGACUGCUCGAAGUGGGCCUAGUGAAUAUCCCAGCGGCCGGGAGAGCGAGAGAAAGAAGAGUUGGUGGUGGUGAGAGAAGUAGGGAACAAGAAUGAGAAACGAGAGAAGAAACGAGCACGAUGUGCGAUU